AUGGAGGUCAACAACAAGGCUCCAGAGGCCAUAUCGAUGCAGGGUCUGGACGGUGGGCCAAGGGAAACUGACCAGGAGUCCAUCUACUACAAACAAACACGCACGAGGCGCUUGUUCAGUGAAAAACAGCUCUUCGCUCUCAAUGUGGUCAUGUACGGAGCAUGUUACUACGUCGGCACCAACACCUACCUCGUCAUGCUCAACGGCGGGCCCCGCGCCUGGCUAUUUAGCUUUUUCUUCGUCGCUGCCGGCGUAGCAUGCCAGGUUGCAUCUUUUGCCGAACUGGCUUCGAUCCAACCCAUUGCCGGCGCCCAGUAUUAUUGGACCUUCAACUACGCACCGCCGUCCGUAAAUGUCUUUCUCACUUGGCUGCAGGGCUGGAGCACGUGGCUGGGGUACGUUUCGAUGAUUUCAAGCAACGUGACCGGCGGUGUCAUUACCAUGCAGGGAAUUAUCAAUAUCGCGAAGCCAGAGUGGGUUCCGGCAGGCUGGCAGACUACCUUGAUAACUCUUGCGUACCUUUCACUAUGUACCGCGCUCAAUUUGUGGUGGUUUCGUGCGGUGCCUUGGUUCGAAACGAUGUCCGGCAUUUUAAACGCUUUGCUUUUCGUCGUCGUCGUUAUCAUUGUUUGGACCAUGGCCCCGCGCGCUGGAAUGGACGUGUUCCUUAUCAAGAGCAAUGCCGGGGGUUGGGGUGACUUUGUGUCAUAUAAUAUUGGAAGCAUUUCUAACCUUUUUCUGUUUAUCGCGUUCGAAAGUAUCGUACACCUAGGCGAGGAAACACGCAACCCGAAGCGUGCCGUCCCUUCAAGCAUGUUUUGGGGCUUUUUAGCCAAAGUAGCCAUGGCUUUUGUUAUGAUAAUUACAUUUGGGUCUGCUUUCCCUGGCAUCGACGUCAUUCUCACAUCCGUUAGUCCCCUGGCCACUUUUAUCAACUAUGCUACCAGUUCGCCAAACUCAUCCAUCGCCAUUCUUUCCUGCAUGCUUUUUAGCAUGGUCGCCGCAUCGAUCGGUAAUUUCUGGUCAAUAUCGCGACUAACAUGGGCGUGGGCCCGCGGCGGCGGCCUACCCAAAUAUUUUGCCAUGGUUGAUGGGAAACCACGCAUACCGAUGCGAGCCGUUUCUGGCACCGCGCUCAUCAUCGCACUUUUAUCGCUCCUUUUCCCGAACGACCGCGCAUUUAUAGCCAUAGGCGCCAUUGGUUCCUUGUCAUCCAUAAGCUUAUAUGUCAGCUACAUCAUCGGCCUCGGCUGCAUCAUCUACUUUCGCCUUGCAAAUCCCGGCUGCUUCCAGCGCGGUGAGUGGAGCUGCGGGCGGCUCGGUUUGCCUGUUAACAUCUUUGCCCUGAUCUACACGGGUUGGGAAGUGGUAUGGCUCCCAUUUCCCAAUGCGCUGCCGGUCGCGGGCGCCAAUAUGAAUUAUGCAGGCCCGGUCUAUGUGGCCCUUCUUGUUAUGGCGGUUAGCUAUUGGUUCUCGUGGGCAAGGAGGCACUGGGAAGGGCCGAACAUGAAGGUUGUGGAGAUUGUCUUGCAGAAUGACGAUGCUUCUAAAUGA